GACAGUCAUCUGUCUGGACGCGCAGGGAGGAUGCGGGGGGCUCCUGGGAACUGGGUUGGAGCCCAGCGAGCACUAGCCAGGCGCAAGCGCACACAGACUGCAGCCACCUGAGGCCCCCCGCCCCCCGGCCCACCCGGAGACACCCGAGCAGAAUCGCCUCUGGAAUCCCGACAGUGGGCGGGAGUCGACUCAGAUGAUGAAGAUGACGAAGAGGAAGACGAAAAGGAGGAAAUUAAUGUGGUCACCGUGGAAAUGCAGCGCUCGUCUUCCAACAGCGAGGCUGACACCACAUUCCCCAUCACCACGCGUCCCAAGAAUGCAGCGUUGGGCCCCGGGAGGGCUCAGUCCGGAAAGCUAAUCCGGAAACGAUGCCUGCCCAUCCACCAGCAGCAGCACAACUAUGCCGCCCCGUCGCCCUGUGUGGAGAGCGACGAUGCACCGCCCCAAAAGAAGAUUAAGAGUGAGGUGUCCCGAUGUCGCCUCAAGAGGAUCAUCCCCCCAGAGGCUGUGAGCUUGAGCCCCCUCAACUCUGACUUGGAGGACAGCAAGCGUCGCCUCUACCACUGCAUCCUGGAGCGCCAGCGCCGCAGCUACCUGCGGUCCAGCUUCCUCACGCUCAGGGACCACGUGCCGGGGCUGGUGAACAACGAGAAGGCCACCAAGGCGGUCAUUUUGAAAAAGGCCACUGAGUAUGUCCAUUCCCUUAAGGUGAAAAAGCAGCGGCUUUUGCAGGAAAAGGAAAAAUUGCAGGCAAGACAGCAGCAGUUGCUAAAGAAACUUGAACGCGCUCGGUCUUGCUAAAUGCUUCUCAAAACUGGACAGUCGCUGCCACUUUGCACAUUUUGAUUUUUUUUAAACAAACAUUGUGUUGACAUUAAGAAUGUUGCUUUACUUUCAGAUCGGUCCCCUGUCGAGUUUGGCCCUGGGUGGGGAGCAGGACCACCCAAGUGGGGUUCUGCCAGGACCUUGGAGAGCCUGCGUCUCCGUAUGCUGGUGGCGCUGCUCCCUCCUCCACCUCACCUCCGGGACAGGGAUGGGAGUUCCUUACAGUUGGGAGCCUCUGGGACUGUUGAAGUCACCUUGUUUGUUCCAAGUUAUAAACAACAGAAAGUCAUCCCUUCUUUUAAAAUGGUACUUAUGGCCAGCAGUAUUAGUACGUAGACCUUGCACAUGUUAUUUUUGUUUUGCAUAUUUUAAACAUUUCUUGUUUACUUCUCUUUAGAAAUAGCAUUUUUACAACGUAUGUGCUUUUUUAAAGAUAUUGUGAAUGAGAACCCUGUGGACUUUUUCUUUAUUCUGUUUGUCAUAAAUAAGCUAAAGUAGAUAUGUUGUGGGUUAACUGUAUCUGUGGAGAUAUGCAACUGGAAGUCAGAGCCUGACAUCACACAAGUUUUGCCAAAGAGAGAGUGCUAAGCUGGAAGAUGUGUUUGAUAUUUGCAGCUGUAAACAUUAAAGGAUGCUUGCACAGACUAAAAUAAAUAAAUAAAUAAAAUGGUGCUUACGUUCCAGCAGAUGCCAUGUAAGGGGUUUGCCAUUUGAUACCCCUGGGGAACCUUUCUGUAAAUACCAUUGACACACCCGCCUUUCGUAUAUGUCCUGGGUCAUGAGAGUUGGUUUUUGCAGCCAGUAUUAGACUUGAAGUUCAUACCUAAGUACUGUAAUAAUACCUCAAUGUUUCAGGAGCAUGUUUUGUAUACAAAUAUAUUGUUAAUCUCUGUUAUGUACUGUACUAAUUCUUACACUGCCUGUGUACUUUCAUAUGAUGCUGAUACAUAACUAAAUUUGAUACUUAUAUUUUCGUAUGAAAAUGAGUCGUGAAAGUUUUGAGCAGAUAUUAAAGUAUCACUUUUUGAACUA